GUGAGUGUUGCCAAGACUGUGUUUUGACCAUUCAGGUUUAUGGAUACCUUUUUACAGCAGUGCCUUCGUAGAUAACAACCCGCGCGCUAGUAACCUCUCAUCGUCGACUCUGCAGUAACAUAUGGGUAAAGAACAUAUUACUCCAACAAACGAUUCUCCGAACCUCACCUCCACUCCAUACCCCGACACUACCGGUUCUUCUUCUCAACCCACCACCGAGCCUACUUCUACAAUCUCCGCCGACUCUGCUUUCUUCAACCUCCGUCAGCAGCGGCUCUACUGAUACAACCGCUGACACCAGUGGCUUCUAUUCUGCGACAUCUUCCACCAACACUGCGAUUACAAUGUCCGAUACCACAUCCACACCAACCCCGAAUUCCACUGACCCAUCUACAUCAGUAGCCGUAGCAGCAUCAUCAUCGACAGCAACGAACAGCUCUCUAACAACUACCUCCACCAAUGCCGGCGCCAUUGCAGGCGGUGUAGUCGGAGGAGUUGUCGUCCUAGCGUUGCUCAUUCUCGGCCUCAUCCUCUUCCGUCGUGCUCGACGAAGAAGACACAUCGCACCCUCCUCAGAGUUCGCAGAGACCAUAAAACGUGGAGAAAUGCCUGUCCUCCGACUAGAUUCCGGCAUGGAAAUCGUUCCCUCUGCGCCAACCCAUCAUGUCCCUUUGCCACUAAGACGAGAUUCGUAUCACACGAGUCCUGUAAUGUCGGAUAUCAAGCUCCCAGAUACGACGAUGGGCUCAGAUACGCAAUCUGUGCGUUUCAGUUUAGAGAAGCCGCUGCAGCCUCUUCGAUACCCAGUCCAACAAGAUUCAAAUGAUUCCAUGAGUCAUGCAGCGCCCAGGGUAUCUAGCAUCGGUAGCUCACAAGAGCUCUGGUCUCGUGAUUCAGGGAGAUUCGAUACUCGCAAAGACCUUAGAUCCCAAUCUCCACUUUCUGUUACAGCCGAUACUGGCUACUCAUCAUUGACGCAAAACACAUACCCCAUGGAGCAUUCACGUACCGCAGAGACCGUACCGAAUGCGUAUACAGAUCUGUGGAAGCUCUCUGUUGCCCCGAUUUCGCGACGACGGCCAGCAUCUGCUGCGGAUGCACAGGCUUUACCCCCGUUGAUACCUGUACGACGUAGUGUGGAUGUUGGAAGGAGGUAGUAAUUUAUUAUUAGGUGAUGGAUAUUCCCUGCAUAUGCUUAUUGAACUGUAACUUGAGUCGUAUU